AUGUGCAUAGCAGCUUUCCUGUGGCAAGCGCACCCGUUGUAUCCUCUGCUUCUCUUGCAAAACAGAGAUGAAUACCACAACAGGCCGACGGCAGCAGUGGAAUGGUGGGCAGAGUACGAGGGAAUUGGUAUUUUAGGAGGAAGAGAUGUUGUGGCUGGUGGAACGUGGAUGGCUUGUUCAAGAGAUGGCAGAGUGGCCUUCCUCACUAAUGUUCUGGAGCUUCACUCCAUCCCAAAAGCCAAAUCUCGUGGGGAGCUCCCUGUUCUUUUCCUCCUGAGUUCUAAGAGUCCGAGGGAAUUCGCGGAGGGAUUGGCGAAGGAGGCUCAUUGCUACAAUGGGUUCAACUUGAUUCUCUCAGACAUUUCGUUGAACACCAUGGUGUACAUCUCCAACCGGCCGAAAGGUGAAGCUGUUGUCGUUCAGGAUGUUUCACCUGGCCUCCAUGUCCUCUCCAAUGCAAAACUCGACUCUCCCUGGCCCAAGGCGCAGAAGCUGGGACAGGGCUUCAAGGAACAGCUAGUGAAGUAUGGAGAAGGGGAAGUUCGUGUGAAGGAGAUAGCAAAGAAGCUGAUGAGGGACAGAGUUAAAGCUGACAAAAACAGGUUGCCUGGCAUUUGCCCUGUGGAUUGGGAGUUGGGUUUGAGCUCCAUUUUCGUUGAAGUUGACACCCCAUUGGGACGUUACGGCACGAGGAGCACUAUUGCUUUGGCUGUGGGGAGAAAUGGGGAAGUUGGCUUUAACGAGACCUACUUGGAAGAUGGAACAUGGAAGGAGAAAACUGUGAAUUACAGAAUCCAAAGCCAGAAGCUCAGGCAGCUGAUGGACAUUUGAUUCGAGUUACUCAACACUACUGCAUCGUACUAAAUAAGAGAUUAUGAUGAUUUUGCCUGCGGAUCAUUCUCAUGGUUCCUAGAAACUUGACCUCAAGUCAUGUUUGUAACCUGUGUAUAUCCAAUGGCGUAGACACUUGAAGUCAACAAAGAUCUUUGAAUAAUUGUUUAUUUUUGUUAAUGUGGUUGUGGAUUGAAAUAAGA